UUGAAGGCAUGAAUUCCUGGAACAAAUACCGUGUAUUGCUCGUCCGGGCUGCUGGCUGCCUUUUCCGGGCCCGUUGAUCGCAUUAGGCCUCGACGCCAACGCCAACGCCCGGACUGCCGCGCCACCGCCGCCGCCACCGCUCGUUGUUUACGCGUCACUUCUGUCACACUCUUCUCCACCACAUGGCCAUGGACCUACAGGCACUCUGAUCUAUCAGAAGGAUGCAGACGGACACGGAGGCCGAGGCCGAGACAAGGCCUCUGGAGACCAAAGGCCCUCCAAACCUGACCUUCUCCAUAGCCAAAAUCAUGGAGCCAGACAAGAGACUGUCCCCGAGACUCUCCUACCCCGCCCACCUGGACUCCGCUUUCAAGAAGUACGUGCCGGUGAUCCAGCCACACAGCCUGCUCCACCACUACCCCGUGCUGUACUACCACCCUGCCUCCGCCUACUACUUGAGGGCCGCUGCCGCCACGGCCGGCACGCAGCCCGAGAAGUUGGUCCAGGAGCCUACCGCCGAGUCCGAGGCCAAGGAUGCCGGAGAGACCCGCGCCUCCACCAGACACAAGACCUUCACAUGUACCGACUGUGGAAAGGUAUUCAACGCCCACUACAACCUCACGCGGCAUAUGCCAGUACACACAGGGGCUAGACCUUUCAUCUGUAAAAUCUGCGGCAAGGGGUUCCGACAGGCCUCGACACUGUGUCGGCACAAAAUUAUCCACACGGAAGAAAAACCCCACACUUGCAACACGUGCGGCAAGGCUUUCAACCGUAGCUCCACACUGAACACGCACACGCGCAUACACGCCGGCUACAAGCCCUUCACCUGCGAGUUCUGCGGCAAGGGCUUCCACCAGAAGGGCAACUACAAGAACCACAAGCUGACCCACAGCGGGGAGAAGGCGUACAAGUGCAAUGUCUGCAACAAGGCUUUUCACCAAAUCUACAACCUGACGUUUCACAUGCACACGCACAACGAGAAGAAGCCGUUCACCUGCAGGAUCUGCGGGAAGGGAUUCUGCAGGAACUUUGACCUCAAGAAACACAUGAGGAAACUCCACGACUCCUGCGUGGUCGAGAGUCAGGAUCAGGGUACACCACGGCCUCCACUGUCCAGUCCAGGAUUUCUCGGCGUCAGUCCUCUCAUGAUGCCCUCAGUAGCCCUGGCCCACUCCACCCCCUACAUCUCCAAGCUCUUGUGACACCAGGAACGAAUCCUAUUUCUCCAUCCAAGGACUUUGGUUAAUAACUAAUGACGUUCUCAGAACCCUCCGUCUUCGUUUCGUUCAUUUUCGUCUACCAUUUCUUUUUGAACGUGACAGUUCAUUUUAUCCACUGUAAAUUUGACAUCGUAAGUUGCAACAACAAUGGCCAGUAAUACAUAAAUACAUUUUCUAUUACCAAAUUGAAUAUGACUGACAGAAAGGCAUUUACUAGGAAAGGGCUGACGAGUCAUCGGGAAUUAAUAGAGAUGUUAUUCGCUGUAAUAAAGCACCAUGACUGCACUAAUUCAAACAACAAUUAAUAUUUAGAAUAAUAUUUUUAGAAAAAAAUGAUUGAACGGCAUGAGGAAAUUUGUAUUUUAUAAAGCACGUCUAUUGCAUAAUCCUUACAUUGGUACUCGGUAUUCAUGCCUCACAAUCAAAAUAAGCAGAUAAUUAAUUCCAUUAAAACAUUAUUGAUUAAUUACACUAAAACUUGUAUUUUUAAUAGAUAAUACCUCAAUACAAAACUAUUUUUCAGUAAAUGUACAAUUUAAUAAUUCAGACUCUGUAUGCAACGAUGCAAGUGUUUACGGAGUAGUACAGUGCUAUAAAAUUAACUGUUGAGUUACAAAGUAUGGUUGAUUUCUUCCAAGAUUCAGUCCAAAAUUUACAAAAGGUUACGUACGUUUUGAAGUGUGUUAACAAUCUAAAACUUGUACAUUUUAUAAUAAGGUUUUCUUUGUUAUCUGAGGAAAUAUUAUUGUAUUCAGUUUUAGCUCGAAUAUACGUGGUUGAAAUGUUUCCCUCUCCGUCUUAAAUCAAGGACCCUAGUUGGGACUGGCGUAAGAGUGACGCAGGCUUAUGCAGAAAUCUCUUGUUAAAGUUAUUUACAGUAAGUAGUAAAGCUGUAAAUUAUUAUAACUUUCCAAAUUGUUAAUAAAGUUUUACCACGUAUCUUUUUCGUAAUGCAACUUUUAAAAAUGAAACUUUAGUUCGGAAAAGGUCCUAAAACUUGCUUUUCUACUGGAAGAGAAUAACUCUUCGUCGAAAAUCUUAAAUUUAGGCUUUGAUCAAGCGGUUUAUAUGUAAUAUUUUAUCCCAAGUGCUACAGUAUGCAAAUGUGAUUCACUGAUUCUUCAAAUUUUGCUAUCCGACCAGUUUCUUGGAACUAGGCAUUGAAAAUUAAAUAUAACAUUGUACUUACUCUUACUCGGAAUUGGUCACAGAUAGUUAAUUUGUAUUAAUGAAACAAAAACUGGUCAAUUUUUUUUGUAUUUUUAAAUGUAUUUUGUACAAACGCGUUCAACAGUAUUUUGUCAAGAACAUUGUUUAAACUUUUUAUCUUAUUAUUAAGUAUUUUUAGGCACGUUAUUUUCCAGCUUGACCUGAGCUUACAUUUAAACUUGGCAUAAAUUCCAACAUUUAUAAAAAUUUUCAAAGUAGCAUGAUAGGUUUUUAUUCUUUAAAAGCCUCCAAAAUUGUCCAAAAAGACUAUCAGACUUAAUUGUUGUCUACUUUUCGUCUACUUCUUCAUUACAUUAUAAUCAUAAUUCGGCAUUAGACAUCACAAUUAUUAAAUAUUAAAAUGACUCAUUUGUCCCAAUCAUAUUUAAACUAUUUGCUAAUUGACCUGGUUUGAUUUUAAAAUAGCCGCUAAAGCCUCACAGAUUUCCUCGCGUAAAGAAAUACGCUGUGGGUUUAUACCCUGUUCACGUUGCAAUGUCACAAAUUAAACCAUCAAAAUUAUUAAGUCACUAAUAACUAAUUAUGGAGUGUUUUGGGAGAAUGUUAUACAAACAUUUGAAUUACGAGCUAAUAUCAUGUGUGCUAAUAUGUUACUAGACUAAUAAAUGGGCCCUCAUAUGUUUUGAUAUGUGUAUAUUAAGAGCAUUCGAUUAUCUAUAUUAACUCUAAUACCACUCUUCACCAAAGUCCCUACUAUGGUCCUGAGAUUACCAGUAAUGUGUAUUGUAUAUAGGUCACCUACGCCCUUGAGCCUACCGAAGUAGGUUUGCUAUAGCAGUAGAGUAGUCAUAGACAAUGUAAUGUAACUGUUGUAACAUAAACUACCAUGUUGGAACUUCCUUGCAUUUAUUUAUUAUUAAUUUAUUAUGUAGUCGUUAAUAUAAAUAUACCA